UAUGGCAGGAUACAACAGGACACGAUAUGUCGAGCAGCUUCUAGAGAAGACAGAAUCAUCGCCAGCCUCGUUCACGGUCCACCUACAUCCAGAGCACUGGGUCUUGAACAACGGAUCGAAGUUUCUGUACAACCACCAGCUCGCGUCUCUCCUAGAUGAUAUUCGUGCGCACCGGAUACCUGUAGACUUUCUGGAACUGUUUGAUGCGGCCCGGGUUCCUUUCUACGAUGGCUGUAUGGUCGUGGAACUACUAGACUACCGUCCACAAAGAAGCAAGGAGCCUGCAUUGAAGACACCGGAGAGGACACGCGUUAUUCUUCAUCCCAACUCGGAGACGCUGUGGGCGGACAUAUGCUCGUUAAAUCAGAAGAAUGGCAAUAAGUGGACAGAUAUGGAUGCGUUGGAGGUUGAGGCGAAGCUAUUGCUUGCCACUUCCCAACCUCUAUGCCUCGACCCAGACCCUCAUCUUACACGCACUGUGAACCAUGUUCUCAGAAUUUCGACCCCAAGCAUGCCACUUUCUCUGAAACGAAAGGCAUCAGCAUUGGAACCGGAAGAGGAUGGGCCCGAGAAAGCGAAGAGAGAACGACUGCUCGGGUUUAUGGCGCCUCGCGAUAACCGACUUCAUGCGCCAAGUUACCGACUGUUGGAUGCCAUUAACGUCACGCGGCAAAAGCGCGCAGAAGACGUGGCGUCUGGACAAGGGCCACAACCUGGGAACCAGUACAUGAAUGCGGCUCCUCCCUCCGAUCAAGCUGUUCAGCCCUCCCAAACACAAUUGCAGCCACAACCGCCCGCUACUCCUUCUACUCCCGCCCCUGCUGUGGCAGCCCCAUCGCCGAGUGACUCCGCGGACAAAAAGUCGCAAAAGCCCAAGAAGAUCGAUACGCCACAGCAGUUCAAUGUCGCUUACCGACCGAAUGGCACCCCUACUCCCGUUCCCGCCCAACCUACCACACACCAAUUCGUAAAUCAACAUCCUCCUCAAAUGAACGCCGGACCGAUGAUGCAGCCGCAGCUUUAUGCGAGCCUCCAAGCAUCCAAAGCAGCCAAAGAAGCGGCGAACAGGGCCCCAACACCUUCUCAGCAGUUGCAGAUGCAACAGCAAAUGUACUUGCAAUACCAACACCACCUACAGCAGCAACAGCAGCACCAACAACAGCAGCACCAACAACAGCAGUCCCCUCAGCAUCAGCAGCCUCCACAACUACCCCGACCACAAUCCCAACCCCAACAAGCGCCCUCUCCAGCACUACACCAACAAGCUCAAUCUGCACCCUCGCCUCAAUCUCAACCCCAACUACACCAGCCGACAGCUCAGCGCCUCCAACCAGCACCCCAACAACGCUUUGCCCAAACUCCGAAACCCUCUAUACAGCCUGCGCCCUCAACUCAACCUACCCCGCCUCAAUAUCCGAGUGCGACACCUACAUUCCAAGCCGCUGUUCCGAGCCCUCAUUUCCUCCAACCUCCACGCCCUGGCCCCAUGCAAAAGCCGCAAUUGUCGAAUGGUCCGCAACAACCCAGUCAGCUGAAUCAGAUCCCACAGAUGAGCAUGGCUAUUCCACCAAACGCGACCCAGCAACAAAUCAACCAGGCACAAGCACAAGCCCAGCAGCAGCUCUACAACCAGCAACUCCAGCAAUCGCAGCAGGUGUACAUGCAGCAGCAACAGCGUUUGCAGGCGGCGCAGAAGGCCAAUGCUAAUGCUGCGAACGUGAGUGGUGGGAGGGCAACGCCGCAGAUUCAGGUGCAGCAGAGCCCUCAGGCGCAAACCCCGUCCAUCAGCCAGGCACAGAGCCUCGCGACGACGCCGUCGCCCGUUCGCGGAAGUCCUGUGCUGAACCACCAGAGUUUGGCGGCGGCACAGGCUGCGAGGGCUUCGCCGAUGCCGUCAAAAGCCCAGCUUCCUCAGCAACAACAGCAUGCUCAGCAACAGAUUCAGCAACAAGGACAGGUCCAACACCCAGGUCAGCAACAGCACCAGAUGCAAGGCCAGCGUAUCGCGUUCCAACAGCAAUACAAUCCGUCUCAACUUCGGCCGCUCGUGCACGGAAGUCCUAUGGUGGCAGCCGGAGCGGUGCAAGGCGGAAUGGCGUUGAACCCGAACUCUGUGAACGCGACCCCAAAGAUGGCAGCGGCUUCACCACAGAUCGGUAGUGGGCGUGCUAUCACGCCGGCGAUGCCUGCGUCGGUAGAUGUAAAGCAGCAGCAGCAGCAGCAAGGAGGCCAGGCUCAGCAAGGGCAGAUUCCGAUACGGAUGCAGACACCGGUGCAGACGCAGAUUCAACAUCAGCAGCAGUUGCAAAUCCAGAAUCAGCAAAAGGAAAUCGCCCUCGCACGGGCUCAUAUGCAAGCGCAGAAUCAUGCACAAGCACAGAAACAGACCGUCCAACAAGUCAUGCAACAGCACCAGCAGCAGCAACAACAACAAAUCGCUCAGGGACAGCAGCCAGUCCAAGGGCAGAUGCCGCCGCAACAGACACCUCUUCAGUCGCAUACGCCACUACCCCAACAGCAGCAGCAGGCCCAGCAAGGCCAACAGGUGCAACAGCAACCAACGCAAGCCCAGCGGCAGAUGGCCCACUACCCGCUAUACGGCUAUCCCGGUGCUCAGUUCCAGAUGCACAAUGGGUUCUGGCAAGUUCAGGCUGGGGCAGGAGGGAGCAACAGUGGUGCUAGUGCAAGUGGAAUGACACCCGCCCAGCAGCAGCAGCAGCACGCCCAGAUUCAGCACCUUCUCCAGCAGCAACAGCAGCAGCAGCAGGCGGCCCAGGUCGCUAUGAACGCGCAGGGCCAAGGGCAGGCUCAGGGCGGCCAGCAGUCGGGGCUGACGCCUCAACAGCAUGCCCUGAUGAUGCAAUACAAGUUGCAUCAGCAGCAGCAGGCGAUGAUGGCGGCAGGAGGCGCUGGUGGCUCUCAGGCUCAGUCUCAGGCUCAAACCCAUGCGAUGAUGAUGGGGAGGACCCCACAACAGAUGCAACAGGCGGCGAUGGCUGCUCAUAUGCAGGCGCAGAAACUUCAGCAAUCGCAAAUGCAAGCCCAGGCGGCCGCAGCCAAGACCAAGGCCGCUGCGAAGAAGGGUGUUCCCGCCAAGAAACCCGCGGGACGCUA